GUGAGAGCUGUCUUAACAUAUAGCCAUAUGAUAUACGUUUAGUUUUGUGCUUGUUCGCGUCGGAAUACGUAGCAGCCGAAAGAGCAGUUAGAAUUCUGUUAGAAUCGCAACCAUCAAGAACCGCCGGUUAAGCCUCAGAGUAACUGCAGUUGAAUGAUUUCCGAUGUGCGCCUGGACUCACGGUGCUUAAUACAACUAGUUAUAAUAAGCUUCUCUUAUAGUUUGCCAGAAUGGAUGCGAACGGGUUCACAACCAUUCGGUUUUCGCGACAGGAAGACCUGGCCUUCGAUUCUGCUUCACAAACUCUGUGUCGAUUAAAAAUCACCUUGCUAGUGUUGGUUUAGGGGGGAGGACGGUCACCAUUUUGCCCUUGCGAUUUGUCGCAAGUACAGUCGACACUUACUGUCAACAAAGUCGCACAGACUUCCAGCAUCUUUGACAGCGAAGUACAGUACUCGUUUUCCUAGAAUAUGGCCGCGCAGAAGUAACGUAGCGCUACUAAGCGAGGCGGUCGCGAACUGGCGAAAUGGCUUCACCAGAGGCGUCAACGCCACUGCUGCCAGAAGCCGGCCGCCUGCGUCGUGUACUCGUUGUUGGGGCAGGCAUUGCGGGGCUCCAGGUCGCGCGUCGGUUUGCCCAGAUGGGCGUGGAGUGCUGCGUUCUGGAGGCCACGGACACAAUCGGUGGAGUCUGGGCCGCGAACUACGCAGGGUUCGGGUUGCAAGUGCCGUGGCGGCUGUACCAGUUUGCGGACUUCCCUUGGCCGCAAUCGCUGCAGCCCCCGGACGAGUUCCCCACGGGCGCACAGGUGCAAGCCUACAUCCUGGCGUAUGCGCAGCAUUUCGGCUUGCUGCGCCUUGUCCGCUUCAACUCAAGGCUGCUGCGCCUGCGCUGGCACUCGGACCAGCGGCAGUGGGAGGCGCUGUACAGCAACACAGAGACUGAAAAGUUCUACAAGGUGACUGCAGACUACGUGGUCAUGUGCAACGGCAUCUACUCCAAACCCUACAUUCCUGAGUACCAGGGCGCGGAGUCGUUCGUUGGAACUCAGAUCCACGCGAAGUACUUCACAGACGUGUUAACGGUCAAGGGCCGCCGCGUGGUGGUCGUGGGCGCGGGCAAGACCGCGCUCGACUGCGUGUCGGGCCUGGUGUCGGCCAACACCGCCGCCUCCGUGACCAUGCUGUACCGCAAGUCGCACUGGCCAGUGCCGCGCUCGCUGCUGGGCAUCUCCAUCCGGCGGCUGGUCUUCAACCGCGCCUUUGCCGGCAUGCUCCCGAACUACUACACCGCGGGCAAGCUGGAGCGCGCGCGUGCGGCCGUAACCAAGCCAAUGCGGCGCCUGUUCUGGAAGAGUCUCGAGUGCCUCAUCUCGACCAAGUACCCUGCCACCACCGGCCGCCUCAAGCCGGCGGUGUCGCUGCCAAAGGACCUCUUCUACGGCGGCCAAAUCCUGGAUGACCGGCUGGACCAGAUGCUGGAGGGCAAAGGCGUGGACCUGCUGCAAGGCGAGAUCAAAGCGUUCGUGCGCAACGGCGUGAUCCUGCUGGACAACAGCUUCCUGCCCGCGGACGUGGUGCUGUACUGCACCGGGUACGAAAAGACGUACGACUACUUUGACGGCGAGAUGCGGGCGCGGCUGGGGCUGCAGAAGGACGGACUUUACCUCUACCGCAACUGCAUCCCGCCCGAUGUGCCGCACCUGGCCUUCGUGGGCAGCGAGGUGUCAACAUACAACAACAUCCUGAGUGGAGGGCUGCAGGCGCUGUGGCUCGCGCACGUGCUGACCGGGCGCGUCACGCUGCCGCCGCCGCACGCCAUGCACGAGGACGUCCGGGCGCAGCAGCGCUGGCGGCGCGAUGUGAUGCCCACCCAGCGCUGCCGGGGCUCGGUCCUAAUGGUGUACAUGGGGUAUUACCACGACCAGCUCAUGGCGGACAUGGGGCACAGCCCGCGGCGCAAGGGCGCAAACGUGGUGGCCGAGUGCUUCGGCGUCUACUCGGCUGCCGACUACAAGCAGGUGAUGGAGGCGAGCGAUCGGCGGCUGGUGCAAACGCUGGCUGAGCAGUGGAGCUCAGUCGCGGAGCAGGCGAGGCUGCACGGGCCGCCGCUCACCGCGUCCGUUGCGGCCUCAGCCGCCGGCACGGAGCCGGCACGGCGUCACACCAUUUCCAAUGGCAUGGAGGCCAGGGAGGCCGCGCGACCGCGCGCGCUGCUGCGGGCAGCGACGUGCUCCGAGCGUCCGUCCGCUGCCAGCACGCAGCAGCAUGCUUCUUCACUGGGGCGGCGCACGACGCCGAGCCCGGCCGCGGAGGCCGCUUGGCGCAGCACCACAGGCGGCUUCCCGCGCCAGCAGCGGAACACGCUGUACACGCGCCGCUCGACAGGCACGCCCAUCAGCGAUGGCAUCAGCGCCAGCGGAGUUGCGGCGGGCAUCCUGAUGGAGGGGGGCGGCGAGGGCAGCCUGGCGAGCACGGCGGUGGGCGGGGCGGGGCCGGCGGAGGCACGCCGCACGAGCCGCAAGUCGGUCAUGGUGCCGCAUCCCCUGCCCGAGUCCUCCGAGGUAUUGUACUGGCAGGUGCCGCCGGGCGGGGCAGCAGAGCAUGCGCAGCAGCAACAGGGGGGUGCAUCGGGGCAGCAGGCGUUCGUGGAGGACUUGCCGGCGCUGCAGAACCAGCAGCACCCGUACCCGCAGCAUCUGCUGCAACACCAGUUCUCGCAACCACACCCGCUCUCGCACAUGCAUCCGCAGCAGCAGCACCCGCGGCACACGGUCAGCGGGACCCAGGGCGGGGCGAGUGCCUACUCGUCCUUUGGCGGCGGCGCCACGGACGGGGGCUUGCUGCAUCGGCAGCCGCCGGUGGCACGCAUGUACCGCCACUCAUCUGCAGCGUCGGCACAUUCGUGGGCGUCACGCGGCGGCGGCGGCGGCGGCGGCGCCACUGCCAGUCCGCCCAUGACGGCCGCAAUGGAACGGGGCCUGGUGAGCAUGACUGCCGACAGCAGCGCCAUGCUCUCCUGCUCCCACGCCGGCCCCGACGGCGCCAGCGUGGGCUGGGCGGAUGCCGCUGGCGGCAGCAUGCAUGGCGGCGCCGGCCACAUAGGUACUGGGUCUGGCAUGCUGCCGCAGGGAUCGGGGCCGCCACCGGGCGGCUGCGGGGAUGGUGAGGUGGCGGAGGCUUGCGGCAUCCGCGUGGUGCCUUUCGCGCAGGCGUCCGGCGCGGCCAGCGUCUCUGGUGCGCAGUCCAUGACCGGGCCUGCAGGCGGAGGCGGGCGCAUUGCGCCGCUGCUGGCCGCUGCCGUUGGGAACACCGAGGGAGGCGCCGCGGCGCUGGCGCAGCAGGAGGCGUGCGGUGAUGACGCAGCGUUCCAGCCGGCGGUGACGGUGGCGACCCUGCCCUCGGCGUCCAGCGCAAUGCUGAGCAGCCCCGGCACGAGCAGCAGCGGCCUGGGUAGCUCGGUGGUGCUUCAGCUGGCGCGCGCGCUUGCGUCCCUACAGCAGCUGCCCAUGCAGCAGCGGCAGCUGCUGCAGAGGCAGCAGACGACGCAAGAGCUUAUGGCCGUCCCAACUGGCAUCUACACCAGCCCGCUCUCGAUAGACGCUGAGCAGCAGCAGCAGCACCAGCACCAGCAAGAGCUGAGUGACGCGUCCUCAGCCGCCGACAUUGCCGCCGCACUCACGUCCAUGGCGGCGGCUGCCGCAGCGGCGGCGGCGGCCGCCGCCAUUGCGGCCACAACUGCCAUGCACCGCCAGCAGUCGCAGUCAUCUGGGCCCGUGUGCUCAACAUGCGGCAGCCCCGGCGCGCCGGCCUCCCAUUCACGGCAGGCCUGCAACGAGCCGCACCACACGCAGCUCAUCCGCCACGGCAGCGACCUGGCGGCCACGCUGGUGGCGGCCGCAAUCGCAGAGGCGCUGCGGCAGAGCGGCACCUGUGGAGCCGCCAUGGUGCCGCAGCUGCAGCUACCGGCAUCCGCACCGGUCCCUCUGCCGCUGCAGGAGUCUGUUCAGCGCAGGGAGCCGCCGCUCCCCGUCUCCGCUCCGUCAAGCAGCGUGCAGGCGGGCAGCAGAGCUGGCGGCGGGCCGCACGGCCUGGCGAGCAUGUCAGCAGGAGGCAUGACGACCGAGUCGGAGCUACUGCCGGGGGCGUCGGCGACUGCUGUUGCAGUCGAACAGGGGGGAAAGCUCCUGUUGCAUCGUGAAUGCGCGCAAGCUGAAGAAGAAGCAUGCUGGGGGGGCUGCGCUUCAGUGGCGGCAGCGCGUUCUUAAGGCACGCCGCUCAAGGCGUGGCAAGCCAGUGCAUUCGUGCGUGUCGUGUGUUCAGCGGCUGUCCUGCUCCUGAAGGAUUGGCCUUUGGAGGGCUCCGCAGCGGGGGAACCCCUGCUGUUUUGCGGCCGCCGCCUGCAUAGGCAAGCACUCAUCUUUGCAUGCACAUGCAUGCACACGCACACCUGGAUCGCUAGUAUUUGCCAUCUUACCACGUGAUCCACACAAGGAGUACAUGUUGAGCAACGCAUGAAUAGACGCCGCAGAAAGGUCUGCACCAAUCGCUUAGUCAUUGAUCUUUUGUCACCAACGUAUGGCAGUACGAACGGGCGGAGGAGUCUGGCCCUCAGACAACUGCUUGGUCGCUAAGAAAGCUGGUGCGGUUGAUGAGCCAGCGGAUGUGUUCCUUUUUAUUUGUGCAUGGGUCCGGAGCGUCAUGUGUCGCGCCCAGGAUGCCGUUGCAUGUCGUAGAUGCUCUCGUCCUGCAUGUGUUAUGUAUAUGUGUUGUGUUGCGGGGAAUCUUGGUAAGGUUGCUGCUGAAUGCUAAAUGGCAUGAUUGCAGAAGUAAAUUUGCUGCGGCGCUGGAGUAGUGUGAGUGAUCCAUCAGCUGGACUUCAACCCGUGAAGCGCAGGGAGGCGAUUGCUGCUGAUUCCACUUCGAGGAUUUGUUGCAUGAGGACAGGUUGCUCCUUGCACUUCGAGGAUUUGUUGCACGAGGACAGGGUGGAGUAGCCGACAUUACGCUUCAUCCGUGCAUUUUGAAAAGGCAACCAGGGAUGUAGCGAACAGGCAUGAACAGCGGGCCACCGUCAUGUUCUGCAAGCGCGUAUGAACAUGCAUCCAUGGUUGAGCGGCGUUGCCAAGUUCAGGGGUACCGGCAUGCAAUGACCUGCACGCAUACGCAUUCACAGUGCUCAUAGGCCCUUCUGCGGUCCUGGGGACUUAUUGAGGCCAUACUUGGCUACGGACGUGCAAAGCGGACGUGAGUGGAUUGGCAAGCACCGCAAGGGAAACGCAAGGCACGCGUGAUUCCAAUGCAUAGCAGAGUUUGCUGCAUGUUUGCCUCGUAUGCGCCUUAUCCUUUCAUUUCCUUUCGUUACAGGUGUAUGGCUCUGAUGCCUGUACAGUAGGCCGCGACGUCAUGUACUAUAGAUAUCCAAGCUGUUACGGCAGCUUGCAUUGUCGAGAGUCAGUUGUCAGAGUUGUACAUGAUUUGCGCAGAGUUGCGCAGCUGGUCGGGCCUGGUGCACUUGGGGUGCAACUAGUGAGCGCGCGUGCUGCGGAACGCGUCAGAGUGCGAGAGUGAGAACCAGGCGUUGGCUCCUGCUGCUGCGGCGCUGCUUGGACUGGUCCUGCGUAGGCGGUAGCUUUUGGAGUAUACUGACAGACGCGAUAGUUGCGGCAGAUGAACACGAGCCGGGUCUUAUCAACUUAUCAUGGAUGGCGUGUAGCGGUCUGUCUGUGCGGUCGGACCGACCCUGCUUUGUAGGUUCCGCGGAUGCAUUAUUACAGUGCCCUCCAUGGGUGCGCCAUGCCCCCGUGGUGUAUUAGGGCCAUCCAUGGCUCUCGCCAACAGGUCCGAUAUCUC